AUGGGUGCGAUAAAGUUCACCAAUGGAGAAGCGUCCAAAGAAUGGACUGUGCUUCACCCCUCCAUGGCGCCGCGGGUCUUUUUUCUUUUUCUUCAAAUUCUCUCCCUUGAUUCUACUGUCACUCUUACCUGGAAAGACCUCUCUACGCCCCCCAUGGACGUCGCGACAAGUUCCAGCUCGAACAAGCAUGAUGCGGACAGGAGUGUCAAGGACUAUAAUAAAGGCCAGAGAGACCCAUCUCCAGCAGAAAGAUCGAUUCACCAUGGCGAGUCGGAUAUCUUGCAAGGGGAGAAAGUCGACGAAGCUCUCGCAGCGAAGAUGAUGUUGAUCAACGACACGAUCGAUGAAAUUGGCUUUACUGCUCACCACUGGAAGCUGUUUUGUUUGAACGGAUUCGGAUAUGCGGUCGACUCGCUCAUUCUUUUGAUCCAGUCGAUCAUUUCUACACAAGCUAGGCUAGAAUUCCAACCUGGCUAUUCCACGGGCCUGACAAUUGCGGUGUAUGUUGGAAUGCUAGUGGGAGCCAUAUUUUGGGGGUUCUCAGCCGACAUUAUCGGCCGGCGCUUUGCGUUCAACUUCUCGUUGUUUGUUUCGUCGGUCUUCACUAUUGUUGCAGGAGCUUCGCCAUCUUGGAUUACUCUUGGUUUGUUUGUUUGCCUUAGCGCAUUUGGUGCUGGAGGAAAUUUGGUCUUGGAUACAACCGUGUUCCUCGAGUAUCUGCCUAGCAAAGAACAAUGGCUAUUGACACUAAUGGCUGCAUGGUGGGGUCUCGGUCAGCUUAUUGCAGGAUUGUUCGCUUGGGCUUUUCUUCCCAAUUACUCCUGCAGUGAUGCAGCCACCUGCACCCGGGCCAAUAACCAAGGAUGGCGCUACGUCUGGUACACAUCCGGUGCCCUGGUGUUUGUUCUCUCUAUACUUCGAAUUACUAUCAUUCGACUGGAAGAGACGCCCAAAUUCCUAAUUUCGGAAGGCGAAGACGAAAGAGGUCUGCGAGUCUUACAAAACAUCGCUAAAAAACAUAACCGUCCAUGCAGUCUCACCCUUGAGCGGCUACAAGCAUGCGGACAGAUCCAUCAGAGACAAAGAGCAGGAUCCAGCUGGCUGGCACGAGUAAUCUCCCCAAGCGAAGUGUUCUUCCAUCUCCGUGGACUUUUCGCAACCCGCAAAAUGGGCUUGUCCACCACCCUGGUGUGGUUCUCAUGGCUGCUUAUUGGUCUCGCCUACCCACUGUACAAUGUGUUCCUGCCUAGCUAUCUUGCAUCCCGCGGCGCGAGUUUCGGCGAAAGUAGUCCAUACAUCACGUGGCGGAACUAUGCUAUCAACAACACUUGUUCCAUCUUCGGUCCGGUGCUGGCUGGAUUUAUGUGUCGCUCGCCUUGGUUCUGGGGCCGGCGGGGAACGAUGAUUAUUGGCGCCAUAGUUACGAUGGUCUUCUUCUUUUGUUAUACUCAGGUUCGCACGGCGAACCAGAAUCUUGGCUUUACGUGUGCUAUUUCAUUCUGUUUGAAUGUUUACUAUGGCACACUCUAUGCUUACACGCCCGAGGUCUUUCCAUCUGCCCAUCGUGGAACAGGAAACGGUGUCGCUAUUGGCCUCAAUCGUAUCAUGGGAAUUGUCAGCGCCGUCGUGGGCCAGGCCGCAAAUACCAGCACAGCUGUACCAAUUUACAUUUGUGCCGCGCUUUACAUUGUGAUGGCAAUCGUCGCUGGAGCUCUCCCAUUCGAGCCGUACGGCCGACGGAGUAGCUGA